GCAAGCAAACCUCCAGCUUUUCGCAGCGGAGGAGCAUCUCCGCCUGGAUGGAAUAACCCGAGACGAGAAGCCUUAGAACAGAGAUUCCAGAGAUUGCAAACCGAAGAGUGGCGCUUAGUGCCCCUGGUCCACCACACAGAUCGAGACAGAGGUCGAGAUGGCCCAAGCGAUGAUGACCGACCGGGAGCGGGAGGCGAUUGUCAGCAGUCUGACGAAGGACGUGCAGGCGCUGCGGGAGAUGGUGCGGAGCAGGGAGAGCGAGCUGGUCAAGCUGCACCGGGAAAUCCACAAGCUGAAGAGUGUGCUCCAGCAGACGACCAACAACCUGAACGUGACGCGGAGCGAGAAGACCAAGACGAAGCUCUACCCCCUGCCGGAGCAAUGUGGCGAGCAGGAGGGCAGGGACCCCCACGUGUGCAGCUCCUGCGGCAUGGUGCUGCCCUCCAGUCCGGCGUUCGCCCUGGAGGCCUUGUCCCUCGGCCCGCUGCCCGGCGCAGCGGCCUGCUCCUCCGCGGCCCCCGCUUCCCCAGCAGAAGCAGCAGUGCCGCCCAAGGCGAUCCCCGCCGCCAUUAAGAAGCAGGGAGUCUCCGCCGAGAGCUGUGUGCAGUCCAUGCAGCACUCCUACAGCAUCCCGAUUCCCAAGUUCGACAAGGACUUCUGCGACAAGCAGCAGAUCAAGGACGCCAUCAUGGACAACGACUUCCUGAAGAACAUCGACGCCUCGCAGGUGCGCGAGCUGGUGGACUCCAUGUACUCGAAGAGCAUCGCCGCCGGGGAGUUCGUGAUCCGGGAGGGCGAGGUGGGGGCCCACCUGUACGUCUCGGCCGCCGGGGAGUUCGCGGUGAUGCAGCAGGGGAAGGUGCUGGACAAGAUGGGCCCGGGCAAGGCCUUCGGGGAGCUGGCCAUCCUCUACAACUGCACCAGGACGGCCUCCAUCCGGGUGCUCAGCGAGGCGGCGCGGGUGUGGGUGCUCGACCGGCGGGUCUUCCAGCAGAUCAUGAUGUGCACGGGCCUGCAGCGGAUCGAGAACAGCGUGAACUUCCUCAAGUCCGUUCCGCUGCUGAGGAACCUGAGCGAGGAGCUGCUGGCGAAGAUCGCGGACGUGCUCGAGCUGGAGUUCUACGCCGCCGGCACCUACAUCAUCCGCCAGGGCACCGCCGGCGACAGCUUCUUCCUGAUCUCGCAGGGCAACGUCCGGGUGACCCAGAAGCUGACGCCCGCCUCCCUGGAGGAGACGGAGCUGCGAACCCUCUCCCGGGGCGACUACUUCGGGGAGCAGGCGCUGAUCAACGAGGACAAGCGGACGGCCAAUAUCAUCGCGCUGUCGCCGGGGGUGGAGUGCCUCACCCUGGACAGGGACUCCUUCAAGCGGCUGAUCGGCGACCUCUGCGAGCUGAAGGAGAAGGACUACGGCGACGAGAGCCGCAUGCUGGCCAUGAAGCAGGCGCGCGGGAGCAGCCAGGACGAGCCGAAGGAGCAGCUGCAGAUGGAGUUCCCCGAGCUGAAGCUCACGGACCUCGAGGUGGUCAGCACCCUGGGCAUCGGCGGCUUCGGGCGCGUGGAGCUGGUCAAGGCGCACCACCAGGAUCGCGUGGACAUUUUUGCGCUGAAGUGCCUCAAGAAGCGGCACAUCGUGGACACCAAGCAGGAGGAGCACAUCUACAGCGAGCGGCACAUCAUGCUCAGCUCGCGGUGCCCCUUCGUGUGCCGCCUGUACCGCACCUUCCGGGACGAGAAGUACGUCUACAUGCUGCUGGAGGCCUGCAUGGGCGGCGAGAUCUGGACGAUGCUGCGGGACCGCGGCUCCUUCGAGGACAACGCGGCCCAGUUCAUCAUCGGGUGCGUGCUGCAGGCCUUCGAGUACCUGCACGCCCGCGGGAUCAUCUACCGCGACCUCAAGCCGGAGAACCUCAUGCUGGACGAGCGGGGCUACGUGAAGAUCGUCGACUUCGGCUUCGCCAAGCAGAUCGGCACGAGCGCCAAGACCUGGACCUUCUGCGGCACGCCCGAGUACGUGGCCCCCGAGAUCAUCCUGAACAAGGGCCACGACCGCGCCGUCGACUACUGGGCCCUGGGCAUCCUCAUCCACGAGCUGCUCAACGGAACCCCGCCGUUCAGUGCGCCGGAUCCCAUGCAGACGUACAACCUCAUCCUGAAGGGCAUCGACAUGAUCACCUUCCCCAAGCACAUCUCCCGCUGGGCCGUGCAGCUCAUCAAGCGCCUCUGCCGCGACGUUCCCUCGGAGCGGCUGGGCUACCAAACGGGGGGCAUCCAGGACAUCAAGAAGCACAAGUGGUUCCUCGGAUUCGACUGGGACGGCCUGGCCAGCCAGCUGCUCAUCCCGCCCUUCGUGAGGCCCAUCGCCCACCCGACGGACGUGCGCUACUUCGACCGCUUCCCCUGCGACCCCAACGAGCCGCCGGACGAGCUCUCCGGCUGGGACGCGGACUUCUAGGCCCAGUACUUCGCGCUCGCACUCGCACUCGCUAGUUUACUUUAGGCUUUACUUACUUUACCGAUUUGUUAGCAACGUAGGGGAACAAAGACACUUCAAACUCA